UUAUAUCAUAUCAUGCAUAUACUACAUGAUAAAGAUUGUACAGAAAGAAAUAUUGAAAGUGAUUUUAAGCAUAACAUAGCCCACACCCACGUGUUCAACUCAUGACAUCAAAAUCAAAACAUUGAUGAAUCAAUGUCAACAACAACAACAACAACAUAAGACAUAGACAGAACAAACACCAACAUAAUAGUAUAGUAUUUUUGCAUCCUUUGAGAAUGAGUUUUGGAAGCAAAGAAAAAUUGAAAGCCACAAGCUUGACUGCAUCAGUUGAAAGCAAGAUGAAAACCAUCAACAACAAUGAUAAUAACAAACUUGCUCAGUACACUGCAGAUGCUGAGAUUCUUGCUGAGUUUGAACAAUCUGGUGUUUCUGGAAAAUCAUUUGACUAUUCAAAACAACUUCUUGAUCCUCCCAGGUUAGUUUCUGAAGAGAAAAUAACUGCUUAUUUGUCUAAACUCCAAAGGGGUGGUCUUAUUCAACCCUUUGGUUGUAUGGUAGUAAUCGAAGAACCAAGUUUUAGAAUCAUUGGUUAUAGUGAAAAUUGCUUUCAAUUGUUGGGUUUGAACAUUGAAAUUGGUUCAGAACAGUUUUUGGGUCUACUUGAUGUUGAUGCUACAACACUGUUCACACCUUCUUCUGGUGCUUCCCUUAUAAAAGCUGUUUCUUCAAGGGAAAUUUCACUUUUGAACCCAAUUUGGGUCCAUGCAAGAACAACCCAGAAACCAUUUUAUGCUAUACUUCAUAGGAUUGAUGUUGGUGUUGUGAUUGAUUUGGAGCCUGCUAGGUCUAGUGGUCCUGCAUUGUCCCUUGCUGGUUCUGUUCAGUCACAGAAACUUGCUGUUAGAGCAAUUUCAAGGCUUCAAUCAUGUCCUGGUGAAGACAUUGGUUUGUUGUGUGAUACUAUUGUUGAGGAAGUUCAGAAACUUACUGGUUAUGAUAGGGUUAUGAUUUAUAAGUUUCAUGAGGAUGAUCAUGGUGAGGUUGUGUCUGAGAUUAGGAGGUCUGAUUUAGAACCUUAUUUGGGUUUGCAUUAUCCGGCUACAGAUGUUCCUCAAGCUGCUCGAUUUUUGUUCAAGCAGAAUCGGGUCAGGUUGAUUUUCGAUUGUUAUGCUAAUUCGGUUAAGGUCAUUCAGAGUCAUGAGUUAAAGCAACCUCUUUGUUUGGUUAAAUCGACACUUAGGUCACCACAUGAGUGUCACAAAGAGUACAUGGCUAAUAUGGGUUCAAUCGCUUCUCUUGUGAUGGCGAUUGCUGUUAAUGGAAAUGAUUCGACGAGGCUUUGGGGUUUGCUAGUUUGUCAUCACACUUCGCCGCGCCAUGUGCCUUUCCCGGUUCGAUAUGCUUGUGAGUUCUUAAUGCAGGCUUUUGGGCUGCAGCUUUUCAUGGAGAUUCAAUUGGCCUCACAGAUGGCAGAGAAGAAAGUUCUUAAAACACAAACUAUGUUGUGUGAUAUGCUUCUACGCGAUGCACCGUUCGGCAUUGUGACUCAAUCCCCGAGUAUCAUGGAUCUUGUGAAGUGUGAUGGGGCUGCAUUGUAUUAUGAUGGAAAGUGUUGGUUGUUAGGCACAACUCCAACUGAAUCACAGGUGAAAGAUAUUGUGGAAUGGCUGCUUAGUAAUCACGGUGACUCGACAGGUUUGACAACAGAUAGUUUGGCUGAUGCAGGUUAUCCGGGUGCUACUUUACUUGGGGAUGCAGUUUGUGGCAUGGCUACGGCGAGAAUCAAUUCGAGACAUAUCUUGUUAUGGUUCAGAUCUCAUACUGCUAACGAAAUGAAGUGGGGAGGAGCGAAACAUCAUCCGGAGGAUAAGGAUGAUGGAGGAAAAAUGAACCCGAGAAUGUCGUUUAAGGCUUUUCUCGAAGUAGUUAAAAGCAAAAGUUCUCCUUGGGAAGUAUCUGAAAUCAACGCGAUUCACUCGUUGCAACUAAUCAUGCGAGAUUCGUUCCAAGACACAGACAACACCAGUCCGAAGAUUCUAAAUUAUUUUAACAAAAGUGACAGUCCAAUGGGAAAGAUGCUUGAUACUGAGAAAAGUGACAGUCCAAUGGGAGGGAUGCAUGAACUAAGUUCAGUAGCCGUUGAAAUGGUAAGAUUAAUUGAGACAGCGACAGUCCCAAUUUUUGGGGUUGAUUCAGAUGGCAUGAUCAAUGGAUGGAAUGUAAAAAUUGCUGAAUUGACAGGUCUACAUGCCAAUCAAGCUAUGGGAAAAUCCCUAGCAAAUGAAGUAGUACAUGAUGACUCACGCGAAACUCUGACAAAUAUUCUGAGUAGAGCUUUGCGAGGCCAAGAUGAAAAAAAUGUUGAGUUGAAAAUAAAGCACUUUGGAGUUCAUCAAGAAAAGGAAGUUGUAUAUCUCAUGGCGAGUUCCUGCACAAGUAGGGACUACACAAAUGCUGUUGUUGGAGUAUGCUUUGUAGGUCAAGACAUCACAUUAGAGAAAGUGGUACUGGAUAAAUUCAUCAAGAUGGAAGGUGAUUACAAAGCGAUUAUGCAGAGUCUUAAUCCGCUAAUUCCACCUAUAUUUGCUUCUGAUGAGAAUGCAUGCUGCUCUGAAUGGAAUGCAGCAAUGGAAAGGCUAACCGGAUGGAAAAGAGAUGAGAUCAUAGGAAAAAUGCUUCCAGGAGAAAUCUUCGGAAGUUUAUGUCGGUUGAAAGGUCAAGAAUCACUAACUAAUUUUAUGAUUUUAGUGUAUCGCGGAAUAAGUGGUCAAGAUUCUGAGAAGUUGCCGUUUGGAUUUUUUGAUAAAAAUGGAGAGUUUAUAGAGACUUAUAUAACAACAAACAAAAGGACAGAUGCAGCUGGUGAUAUAAUUGGCUGUUUCUGUUUCUUGCAGAUUGUAACCCCGGAUUCGAAUCAAAACUCUCAAGGACACAGGUCUAAAGAAAGAGAAAGCGUUUCAAAAUCUAAGGAGUUAACUUAUAUACUACAUGAGAUGAAGAAUCCUUUAAAUGGUAUUCGAUUCACGCACAAGCUUUUGGAAAAUACAGAUGUCUCCGAAAACCAGAAACAAUUCCUUGACACUAGUCAAGCAUGUGAAAGACAAAUAAUGGCAAUUAUGGAGGAUACAGAUUUAGAAAGUAUUAAUGAAGGCAGCACUUGGCAGCUAAAUAUGGAAGAAUUUCUUCUAGGAAAUAUUUUAGACGCCGUUGUAAGCCAAGUAAUGAUGUUGAUAAAAGGAAAGGACUUACAGUUGUUUCAUGAAAUUCCCGAUGAAAUCAAAACGCUUUCACUUUAUGGCGAUCAAAUUAGACUUCAGGUGGUCUUGUCUGACAUCUUGCUCAAUAUAGUUACGCACACACCAUCUCCAAAUGGCUGGAUAGAAAUCAAGAUUUCACAUGGUUUGAAAAUAAUACAGGAUGGCAAUGAGUUUAUCCAUCUAAAGUUCAGAAUGACUCAUUCAGGAAGAGGUCUUCCUUCUUCGGUUCUACACGAUAUGUUUGAAGGCGGCGGGAAUCAAUGGAGUACACAGGAAGGUCUAGGGCUAUAUAUGUCAAGGAAAAUCCUGAGCAGGAUGAAUGGUGAUGUCCACUAUGUAAGAGAACAAAAUAAGUGUUAUUUUCUCAUUGACCUUGAACUAAGAACAAGAAAAGAAAGGCCAAGAAAUUUGCAAACAGAGGCAACCAUGCUAACUUAGCUUUGAAGCUUUUCAUAUAUGAAAAGAGUUGAUUUCAACAUUGGGAUAAAUCUAUCUUAUGUUAUAAAAGAAAUUUAAGAUUGUUUUCAGGCUAAUAUAUAGUAGAAGUGGAAAUGAGUUUUGUUUGUUUUUUUGACAGGGAGUGGAAAUGAGUUAUCGAUGUUGUUUAUCCCUCCCCAAAAAUGAGCAUGGUUAAUGAUUAUAUGUCAUAAUUUUAUAUUUAAAUAAGAUGCAACUUUUUUAA